AUGGACCAAGUUCGCGACCACCACAAGAUUCGAAACCAAUCUGUACUAUACUACACACUUUCCAUAAUCCUUGGUACCGUGGCACUCUCAUACGGCUCUGUACCAAUGUAUAAAAUGAUCUGUCAGACCACUGGCUGGGGAGGGCAGCCCAUCAAAAGUGCCGCCCACGCAGGCACGUCUUCGGAAGAUCCAUCUGUGCGAUUACGACCCGAUACGUCGGCCAAACGGCUGCGCAUAACGUUCAGCGGGACUGUGUCCGAUAUAAUGCCUUGGAAAUUCACGCCACAGCAGCGUGAGGUGCGUGUGUUGCCGGGUGAAACAGCCCUGGCAUUCUACACGGCAACAAACAAGAGUGAUGAAGAUAUAAUUGGCGUCGCAACGUAUAGUGUUACCCCUGGUCAGGUCGCACCAUAUUUCAGCAAGAUACAGUGUUUCUGCUUUGAAGAACAACGGCUAUUGGCCGGUGAGACAGUAGAUAUGCCAGUCUUUUUCUACAUUGAUCCUGAGUUUAGCAAGGAUCUCAAUAUGAGAGGCAUUGAGACGAUAACACUGAGUUAUACAUUCUUCAAGGCGAAGUACGACAAGCAAGGUCACUUGAAACCAGUGCCAAUGGGCAGAUGA